CACAACCGCUCCAACCGAGUCAACAAAUCACGGGACGAAAACCAUAACUCAGGGGCUAAAAACCGAUCUGGAUACUGGAGCCACGGCUGUGGUCGUGGAAGACCCGGCCGCGACGCUAAAAAUGAGGCCCCUGCGAGCGCUCUACAUCGCGCUCGCGAUCUGCUACACAGCGCAAGCUCGGCUCUCGCGGUCGCGGUCGUCGCGCGUGCACCACUCGACGAUGCAUCACGCGACGAUGCAUCACGCGACGAUGCAUCACCCGAUUACGGCGGGGCACACGCCGCAUACCUCGAAAGCCCUUGAAGCGCUACACAAGCAACGCGAAAAGAAACAAGCGGAAGCCGAGGCCGCCCGGCGCAACGCGACCGCGAAACAGCCUCCGCCUCAAGCCCCAAAGCCGGCGCCGCGCAAGCCGCCGCCGCCGCGCCAGGCGCCGCCGCCGCGGCUCUCGCCGACUGUGGUCGCGCGCGCCGAAGCGACGUCGUGCUGGCUCCACGUGAGCGGCCUCCACCACUCGGGCACCGGCGUGUUGCGGAUGCUCAUCGCGAGGAACCCGCUCGCGUCGAUCCAGAGCUGGUCAAAUUCGCGUUUUGUGGAGCACGAAAGCCAGUGGGCCCAGCACUCGUAUCCCGCCUUCGCGGCCCGGACAAAUGCGACGUGCCCACCGGGCAGCGCGGCGGCGGCGUACACGUGCCCGCAACUCCAGGCGCUCGCGACGCCGUCGACGCGGCACGCGAUCGCCAAGGAGUGGCUCGCCGCGCACCGCGAGCCGACGAAGCCCAUUCUCGUCCAGAAGAACCCGACGCUCGACAUAGGCUUCCUGGAACAUCUGUUCCCGAGGACCGCGCACGCGUUGGUCAUGCGGCACCCAUUUCACUGGCGCAUUGGUCUCCGGACGCACUGCAACCACUCGGCGGCGUGCCGGUUCGACGUCUGGCGAGCCGUCUGGAAGGAGACAUUCGAAGUCCUCCCGACCAUUCGAAGGUAUUUCGUCGUUCAGUACGAGGCCUUGCCGGGGUUCGAAGCGCAGGUCACCGCGUUCGCGGGACGGCUCUGCGGCGGCGCGCCUCGGCGGCGUCUCUAUCUGACCGGCACCGACGUGCACUACGACGGCGCGGAAGCGUCCAAAUACGAUGCGGUGUGGGCCUCGGCGGACCGCGCGAGCCUGACGCCAUGGGAAUCAUUUAUGCGUGGCACGUUCGGCUACUCGCUCCUCCACCGCGAGAACGCGUCGGCGGACGUGCGGACCGGGCGGUUCCUGGCGACUUCUCUGGAGCCGGUUGUUGGGGGCCUGGAGUGGGUGCCGCGCCCGUACGUCCGGCGCGCGUGA